AUCAUUGAUACUGGAUUUUUCGGGGAAACUCACCACCCAAUGCUUAUCUGUAACUUGCGAAUUGGAUCACAGCAAAAUGAAUGUGUUCAGAAGUUUUGAUGACCCUUAACAGGAUUGUGUAUAUUGUAAUUUUCCUGACAAAAGCAUCCUGCAAACAUAUGCUUCGAAUUCAAUGCUACAUUUCUGUUGCCUUGCUUUUUCCCAACUCGUGUCUUUCAAGAAGAAGAGGAAUAGGAAAUCAAUCGUCCUGCAUUCAAGGAAGCUGCUGAUUUAUCAUAUCCACAGCAUACCCCUGGUGCAGGAGAUUUUGACAAUUUCAAUUCCCUCCAAAUGAGAAAUGCCACAUCUUAGAGGAUGUAGAUGGUCAGCUUGAAAUGGGAUGUGUCUGAGCACCAAAAGGAUCAAAGAUCAUCAAUGACUGGUGAUGCCUCGGGGACUGAUCGUAGUAAUGCAAGUUUGGUCAAGAUAGUCAAAUCAACUCUAAGCAUCCCUUUUGAAUUGCCUACUGUUCCUGGGGCAUUUCCUCCACAGCCUGUAGAUUCUCCUGCAACGCCACCUUUGACAUCCUUACUGCCUCUUGUCAUCACUGCAGCCUCCACUCUCCCAUUGUCUCGAGCUCCACAUCCUCCGUCGCCAGCCCUAUUGGAGCCACAUGCAAUUCUGUCCUCCUCAAGUUUUGCCUCAACCAUAUCUACCAUCGCUGCCGUCAAUGGCGUCUCAACAUUUAACCUGCAUCCGUGUUCAAUUUUAGCCUUAUCGGUGGUGGCAUAUCAAAAUGGUCCUGUGUUUACCGAAAUUGGUGGAAACCCAAGUAUAAGGGUUGAGACUUUCCUUCCCUUCAUACUCUAAUUGCUGCUCAUCCACCAGGGUUAUGGGACAGCAUGGAUGUAAAUUUUUUUUUUUUAUUUAUUUAUUAAUAGGGAAACCCUCUUACAGAAUUGGUUGGAAAUGCUUUUCAUGGAUCUCUUAUUGACGAAAUGUUUGCUCAGCAGGCACCUUUUGUGCCAAUUGGUAUAGAAAGCUCACAAGAAUGCUCUUGAUAUUAUUGAACAAGGUCUUGGGAAUAUGCAAUUCCAACAAGGUCUUUGGAAUAUGCUCUUGAUAUUAUUGAACAAGGUCUUUGGAUAUGAUAAGGUGUGCAAAUUUACUAGCUGCUGAACCCAAUAUGCAAUUCCAGUCUGGAAAUCUGCCUUUCGCUCAAAGGCCUUUGCCACCAUGCCUCCAACCUCAAUGUACACCAAUUCAUUUAUCCUGUCCACUGUCCAUAAUCCAGCGACUUUCUCCUGCAGUUCAGUUUCAUCAUCUUCCAGUUCAGAAUCCUCUGCCUGUUAUGCAGCAACCUCCACCUCCUAAUUUUGCUGGUGGACCAAGGCAAUUUUCUGUUGAUGAACAAUGGAGGAGGAUGAGCUUAUUGACUUGAAUUCUGAUCAUCGUGGUGUGUGGAUGCAUGGAGUGAGAUCGUGUUCAGGUCCAGCUUAUGCCCAGGAUGUUUAUCCUACACCACCUCCUGAGAAGCCCUGUAUUGGUACUGCUAAUUUUCAACCAUUGCUCCUGAGCAGGUAUCCAGGUUGUGCUAAUGACUUGAUUCCUGCUGGCCAUUUUUGUCUGCAUUCAAAGUCCUUUGGCUGUGGGAGAUCAUUGAAGCUGGAUUUUUCGCGGAUAUUCACCACCCAAUGCUUAUCCAACAUGCUAAUUGGUUGUUGACAAAAUGAAUGUUUUAAUGAUCCUCAACGGGAUUCUGUAUAAUAAUUUUUCUGACAAAAGCAUUUUGAAAAUAUAUGCUUUGAAAUGUUAGCAAUUUUGGUCAAGUCUUGUAAUUAUUCGAAAUUCAUUAAACAUUGCUGGCACUUUUCACAAUUCUUCUCCACUAUGUCAUUUCACUCUAUCUUCGUACU